GCUCCUCUUAAAGAUACCGCCCACAUGGAUGAAAAACAAAAUUAGCUAGCAUAGCCACUGUACCGUUAAUGUUUACCAUUCGUCGAUUCUACUCGAGUAUUUAUCAGUGUGGUGCGAUUAUAACGGAUUACUCAUUUCCGGUUGUGAUGCAGCUGUAACUGUCAGUUAUCAUCAGAAGUGUGUGAAUUGGUAAACGGUGUACUGUGUUGGGGUAUAUGUAGGCUAGGAAGUAGCUAAGAGAGCUAACAGCAACUUGAGCCCACAACUGUUCCUGGAGUCCGUCUCCCUGAACUCCGUAUGCUCCCACUGCCAGGACUCAGCCAUGGAUAAGGCAGACUUUCUGAAAGGAUUACCUGUCUACAACAAACACAACUUCAGCAGAUUCCAUGCGGACUCUGUGUGCAAGGCUUCGAACCGACGACCAUCGAUUUACAUCCCAACUCGCGAGUAUCCUUCUGAACAAAUUAUUGUCACGGAAAAAACAAAUAUCUUGCUACGAUAUCUUCAUCAGCAGUGGGAUAAAAAGCAGAAUGCAGGCAGGAAGCGGGACCCGGACCACGCAGAAGGGGAGAGCGCCGCGCCUCCUCGGAAGAUGGCCAGAACAGACAGCCAGGAGCUGAACAACGAUGCAACAUGAAACCACGUCCACCAAGAACAAAUACAUACAACUCUUUGCACACAUGGAGACAUAUUCUGUAGAUGACUCAAAUACAGAUUCAGGUAAUCGGGAAGCAAGCCAAAGCCCUGUCUCGGAGGGACACCGGUAAAGGUAGGAGGGCUGACCACUGUCAUCAAACAGAAUAUUCUCUUUAAAUGACACCAAGAAUGAUGAGGACUGAUUUAGUUUGAUUUUCUUUGUUUUGAAAGAUUUUCCAGUUUGAAGUGCUUUCGAGUUUUGGAUAGGUCUUUUUUGACCAAACCCAGAUUCACUUCAAUGUUGUGGUUUUAUGCAUGUUCAUUUUACCCUAAUCAAUCCAUUGUUAAACGCUUCACAAUAUUGUACAAAGCAAUGUCUUCAUCUCCAUCAACAUUUCACUCCCAUUAGUGACUGCAAACGUUUUGAGAAGUUUAUAAUGUUUAUCCAUUCUUCCUUUUACUAAUACGAUUAAUUUCUUGUUUUGUGAUUUCAGAUAUGCAUGCGUUGUAUACAUUCAUAUUUCAGUGAAUUUGAGAUGUAUUAGAGAUCAGGAAUCCCCCUUAAAGCAUCCACUGCCUAACCAUGGCCUGUCCUAACCCCAACCAAACGUCACCUUUAAGUUGCUUAUUUUUAAGAAGGAAAAAAAAAGCUUUUAUUCAGACUAAAUUGGUAUCCAUUUAGACUCAGGAGGAAUGAUCUAUUGCGGUGGCCUUAAGUAGAAGUUUUCAGAAUUUUAAAGAAUAUGGGUGUUUUCCCCAUUGCUCACAUUGGGGAAGUUGAGGGAAUGCACAUACAGCUGGUCUUAGCUUGAAUAUUUUUUCCCUUCACUCAUUCAUGCUAACUAUAGCUGGACCAGAAAAAGUAAACACUUUUGUACCAUUUGGACAGCAGGAUUUUGUAGCAUUAUUCCAUAUGAUGUAGAGGACUUCAGAAUCCAAUCAGCACUGCAUUUGUUUAUAAAAGUAUCUCAUAAAAGUCUUUGACUAACCAAGCUCUCUUUACAAAUAGAUUCAGUUUUCUCUAGUGGGUUCACCGGACUGAUAACUGGUUGGUAUAUUACAAAUAUUUUGGUAAGCAACUACUUAAUUGUUAAAGGUUAUUUUUAUUUGUGCCGUUUGCUGUUAAGUGGGAAAUGUGUUUGAAAUAACAUAGUGGACUUUUUGCUGCUACUUGUAAAGUAUUUUUUAUUUUAUGGUUGUAUAUUUGUAAAUGAUGUAUAGUUCAAUCUGGUCCAGCGUUCUCUGUCAGACUCUGAGCUUAUCAGGGGGUCACUUCUACAGGGGCUCAUGAAGCGAGAGGCGGAUGAAGUAUAAAAAUAAUAAAGGUUUGACAUUAUUGCAUGUUUGCACUUUUGGGGAAAAUAUUUGUUCUAUAAUUGGAUAAGUUCAAACCAUUACAGAAAGUUAACACUUAACAGCUUGGACCUAUGUCUCAAUUUCUUUACAGUUUUUACAGUUACUCGAUUGCUCUGCACCAAUAUCUGGUAUUUCCAUAACUGUUUUACUUGUGCUUCAUCAUUAUGCCUGGGUAUGUACCUAAACAAAUGGUUGGCUUCAAUCUGUGCAUAAUACAAGGUGGACAGAAGAUUUAAUUAGCAUUUCCCUUGGUUCUGUUGGCGGUUUCUAGUUUAAAUGUAUCGCUUUCACGCCAAGUUUUUAUACAACAUGACUCAGUCACUCACAAUGCAGCAUAAAAAAGGAAAAUAAGACAUACACCAAACCUUUUUUGUUGGUUUCUCAUACAAAGGACUUUAUAGUGUUGUAGAUGAGCGGUUAAAAUAAAUGUUUACGACCACUUGCAUUUUAAUACCUUUUUGAUUCAAUUACAUGCAAAGCGAUCAGAAGCAAAUUUCCUCUUGUGCUAAAACUGCUCGUGUAUAUAACCUUCUGAAUUGAAGCAUGCAGAAUUCAUUGCAUGGCUUAUCAUUUAUUAAUAUCUAUGCAACAUUUCAAGUUUCAGUUGUUUUCAUGAUGGAUGUUUAUUUAUGUAAAGUGAGAUUCUUGUUUUAUCACAGAGGUACAUUCUCUAAUGUAGUAAAAUAAUUCAUAGAAAAUUAAAAGGUAAGAAAAAUAGAAUAUAAUUUUUCACAGUCACGGUGGAUAAAUAAUCUGAGCUAUUGCGGAAGAAUACAAUGGCUUUGAAAGUGCUUGAAAAGAACGGAAGAACAGAAAACAAUACGUAUCAUAUGGAGGGCAUGGUCUCAUGCACACAUGCAUUUUAAGACAAUCACUGGGACAACAACCAUUGAUGUUGUAUACAUGGCCUCUCGAUGACCGGCACGUGGCUUUCUGAGCAGUAGGUGUACCUUUCCAAGGCCAUAGGGCAUGCAACCUCGGGCUAUUAAGUCCUCAAAACACUUACUUUACAAUGUGCACAUGGAAGCUAUACAGUGAUGUUGGAUUCUUUAUAUUGCUUUUGGUGUAAAAGCAGUUUGCAUCAAGAGUGAACGUCUACUGGUUUCUGCCCAUUAUUGUCUGUCGUUACCCCUAAAGGGGUCCUACACAGGAUGUGCUCAAUGUGGCCGCUGAUAGUGGGCUGCCGGUGGGUUUUAUGGAGGUGAGCGUCCGUCGCAAUGUGAGACCAUCCAGAUCUCAUCACAUUGUUUCUCUCUGAACAUCGGUCUGGCCUCCAUCCUGGUGAAUCUCUUCACCAAAAAUCAAAAAAAUGAUUAGGACCACUCUGUGCUAGCCGUGGGAGAUGAAGUGCAUGAAGAACUCGCAA